CGCUGAUCCGGCAAAACUACGAUACGUCUUAGAUUCCCACCUUCUGGAAGGCGAUGAGCAAAAAAAAAAAAAAAAGGUCACGUUCCCACCUUCUGGAAAAAAUCUAAACAAAUUCGUAAAAAAGCCAGAAUUCCCGCUUCCCGCAACUCAUGAUUUUUUCCCGCGGUUAGCCUUCAAAAAAAGCCAGUUUUGACGGGAAAAAAGCCAAAUUGGCAGCCAUGCUGCCUUCCAUCGACAAGCUCUCUUCAGUUGUUAUACGGCUUUUGCUGCCAUCGGACGUGACUUGUAUUUAUUUAUUAUUAUUAUACAUUUCGGCUGCAAAUCUGAAGGAAAAAAAAAAACAUAUAUUUUGUCGAUCAACGACUGCAGCGGCGCAGGAGCAUAGAACCCAUAAUAAUGGACUGCAAAACGCGACGCGGCACCAAAAUAUCGGUGAUCGCCUUGGGAAGCGCCCUCUGUUUCGUUAUGAUGGCAUACUUUGUGUUUGGGGACAGUAACGACGAGCAGGGUCUGCGGAAUCUACGCAUGAUAUCCAUACUGUUCCGACAUGGGGCCAAGAAUCCCAGUGGCUUCUAUCCGCUGGAUCCACAUGCUGCUCACGAUUGGCAGGGCGGGAUGGGAGCUCUCACACCGAAAGGCAGCCUGCAGGCCUACAACCUCGGAAAGAAUCUUCGCAUGCGGUACUACCGGCUCCUGCCCUCGAACAGCCUCUACACACAGCAGCAGGUGCAUGUCCUCAGUUCGGCGGCGGAACGCUGUGUGAUGAGCGCCCAGAGCGUCUUGGCCGGCAUGAUGCCGCCGCUGGAGAACAACAAUGUACUGCCCAUACCCUGGCAGCCGGUGGCUGUGAAUACGCUAUCGCGUAAUGAUGAUAUUCUAUUGGCCCAGAAGAAACCCUGUUUGAAGUACGAUCAUAUCCUGCAAAAACUCUACAAGUCGCCGCCUGCUGAACUUCAGAAACUGAACGAGGAUAACUUGGAGUUGUAUAAGCUGUUGACUAAAAAUACAGGCAAGAACAUUUCAAAUGUCCUGGACGUGGAACUUCUGUAUGGCACACUUAAAACCGAAGAGGAGGCCAGUCUAGUGCUUCCCGAUUGGACUGAGAACAUAUACCCAGAAGAGAUCAAGCCACUAGCUGAACGCAGUUACACCCUUUUCACUGAAACUAAUCUGAUGAAACGGAUUAAAGGUGGAGCGUUUCUCACGGAAAUUCUAAACAAAAUGCAGAAUAAGCGAAAGAGGAACCUGAAUCCUGAUCGCAAAAUAUUCCUAUAUUCAGGACAUGAUGUGACAUUGGUUAAUGUGAUGAAUUCCUUGGGGAUACUGGAUCAGACUACCAAUCUUCCGGAAUAUGCGUCGGCCUUAGCUUUUGAGCUGCAUCAUAGCAAGUAUUUCAGUGAUGGCGACUUCGAAGUAAAGCUUGUUUACUAUUACAACAGCGAAGACAAAUUCCCCAAGGAGCUGACCAUUCCCAAUUGCGAUGCACCUUGCUCGCUGACCCAGUUUGAGGCCUCUUUGAAGGCUCUAGUCCUGGAUAACUAUGAUGAAACCUGCGAGAAUCAUCCGCCUGACUGCAAGAACUAAGAAUACUUCAAUUUUUAGUUGUUUUGGCUUGUUAAUAGUGGUUUAGCUUGGGCUGUUUGUUAGAUCUCUGGCUAUGUCGUAGACAUUGCCAGAUUUUGUUUUGGGUAACUCAGUAUAAAGUUUAAGAUGAAAAGGUUUUAAUGUAUAGCUUUAACAGAAAAAUAAGUCAUGUUACCUCAUUCAGUGUUGAGGAUUAGUUUAAUUAUCUAAAAAAGACAAAUAAAUUGGACGCAAAUUUCCAAUUCUAUUCAUA